CACCACUUAUAUAUAAGUUUAUAAAUUAUAACCUAUUCUCACUGACUCACUCCAUUAUAGCACAAUCAUAACUCGGUAAAUUAAAAAGAAAGAGUCAUGGAAAGUAAAAGAGUGAAGCCACAGCUGAAGAAAAAUUUGUGGAAGCCAGAGGAGGACUUGAUUCUGAAAAACUAUGUGGAAACUCAUGGUGAAGGCAACUGGGCUACUGUCUCUGAGAGAUCAGGUUUGAUGAGGGGCGGGAAGAGUUGCAGGCUAAGAUGGAAAAACUAUCUGAGACCAAACAUCAAACGUGGUGAGAUGUCCAAAGAGGAAGAAGACCUUAUCAUACGAAUGCAUAAGCUUCUCGGCAACAGGUGGUCACUGAUUGCUGGCCGGCUUCCUGGCCGAACGGAUAAUGAAGUGAAGAACUACUGGAAUACCCAUUUGAACAAGAAAUGCCUUCUAGGCAAAAGAAAAGCGACUAACUCAAACAACCAUGAAGAGGAAGACAACGAUGAGAACAUGAACAAGAAGAAUAAAUUGGGUCCACCAUUUCAUUCAGAGCCCAAUGGAAGCUCACUUAUAAAUUUGACAAGCAACACAAAAUUGGGUUUGGAAGAAGGAAGCAAGAAAGAAGAGAGCACAGUGACAGAGGGUAAUUGGAUGGAUUAUGACGCAAGUAGCUUCAACUAUGACAUAAUGGAUUAUCCAAUAAUGCCUGAAGCAGCAGCAGGAGGAGCAGGGAACAGUGCAAGUUUCGUCUUUGACGAUGAGCCUCUUAUAGCCUACAUGGAUUCUUUUAUCUUGCUUGAAGCAUUUGGAUGUGGUGGAGAGGAGUUGUAGGCACAUGUCACAGACUCACAGUAACGGAUGCAGUACGUACUACUCUGUCGUAGGAAUGAACCCCACACACACUCUGUACAGUGCCGCUGCAUGACCCCUCAUCUGACAAAACAGCACUCCCAAGAUUUAUGAGUGAGUCCCAGGAGUCUAGCACUAGUAUGAGUGUUUGCAAUGCCACGUGCUUUUCCCUGUAUCGCUGAGAGUGCAUGCUGCACUAUGAUAUAUAAUAUUGUAUGCAUGUAAUUGGCCAUAUAUAUCUAUGUACUUUUCCAA